AUGGGGCAAGAUGUUGAAAGCCAGCUCAUUGAGAAAUUAAAAUUGCGUAAGUUUUCAUUACAAAUGGACGAAUCCACAAUCCGGGACAGUGAGGCUCUGUUAUUGACUUAUGUGAGGUAUAUUGACCACGAGGAGUUUCAGGAAGAGAUGCUGUUCUGCGAAUCGUUUGAAACCACCACAACUGCAAAUGAUAUUUACAUCAAAAUCAAACAUUAUUUGGAUGCAAACAAAAUACCAAAGGAAAACUUACUGGCAUGUGCGGCAGACGGUGCACCUGCCAUGAUGGGCAAGAAUACGGGAUGCUUAAAAAUGAUGAAGGAUGAAAAUCCAAACAUGUUGACUGUCCAUUGUUUUUGUAUAAAUCAAAGUGCCGAACAUGUUCGAUUAUUGCUUCAUACAGAAGUAAGAUGGCUAUCAAGUGGAAACUGCUUAAAGAGGUUCAUGGAAUUAUUUGAUCAGAUUAACGACUUUCUUAGUGAUAAAUGUGAAAUGAAAUUGCUGUCAACAACGGAUGGAAAAGCAUUUGUCAGUUAUUUGACAGACAUAUUUGAGAAACUUGGAAACUUGAAUAAACAACUUCAAGGUGCAAACAUGACACUUAUUGAUGCAAAAGCAAAGAUUUUUGGAUUUAUUACAGCUCCCGAAUUAUGGAAAAAGAAAUUUUCCAAAAGGAAUUUCAGUGAACUUUACUGGUUGAGUAAAUGUGAAAUAACGAAUGAUGCUGGCAUUGUAAUUAUUGAUCAUUUAAAUAUCUUGAUAAAGGAUUUCAAUGACAGAUUUUGCGAUUUAAAGGCAAUGAAUUUUCCUUCUUGGUUAACUCAACCGCUUCUGAUUAACGUUUCUGAUGCUACAAUCCAAUACCAAGAAAAGUUAUCAGAAUUACAACAUGAUUAA